UCGCCGAUUGCGGUAGUUGUGUCACAUUUCUCUCGUAAACGAACUUCCGGCAGGUCGCACAUUGGCAGUAUGGCAGAUACAUCUGAUCCUCUUCAUGUGCAGACACCAUUGAUAGAAAGCACAGUGCUGAGCAAGUUGGGAGGCUUUCCUGUUUAUUUGAAGCUAGAGAAUUGUCAACCAACUGGUUCAUUUAAGAUAAGAGGGAUAGGAAAUUUGUGUCAGAAGGCUGCACAGCAAGGUUGCAGUGGAAUUGUCAGUUCUUCUGGUGGAAAUGCAGGCCUGGCUGCAGCGUAUGCAGCAAGGAAACUUGGUCUGCAUGCUUCCAUUGUAGUGCCUGAGACAACACCUCCAUUUACCAGAGACAGGCUAAAAGAUGAGGGAGCAGAGGUUGAAGUACAUGGGAAAGUUUGGAAUGAAGCAAAUGAGUUGGCCUUGAAGAUGGCCAGUAAACCUGGUUACGUAAUGGUCCAUCCCUUUGAGCAUCCUGAUAUUUGGACUGGACAUAGUACAAUGAUUGUAGAGGCAGCUAAACAAAUGCAUCAUCCCCCAGGUGCUGUCAUUGCAUCUGUGGGGGGAGGAGGCUUAAUGAAUGGCAUUUUGGAAGGGAUGACAAAAGUUGGUUGGCAGCACAUUCCUGUGGUAGCUGUAGAAACAGAAGGAGCUAACUGCCUGAAUGCUGCAAUACAGGCUGGCAAAAUUGUUACCUUGCCAGGGAUAUCUAGCAUAGCGAAGAGCCUUGGAUCCACAGUAGUUUCCAAACAGCUUUGGGACCAGCACAAGCAAUACAUCUUUCACUCAGUGGUGGUAUCAGACAAGGAUGCUGUCAUGGCAUGUCAUAGAUUUGCUGAUGACCACAGAAUGAUGGUGGAGCCAGCUUGUGGUGCUGCAUUAGCAGUAAUCUAUACUGAUGUCCUCCACAAGCUGCAGGCAGAGAGGAAACUGGAGCAGGUGCACUCUGCCUUGGUGAUAGUGUGUGGGGGCAGCACAGUCACAAUGGAGCUAAUGAACUCAUGGAAAGCACAAUUAGGACUGGUCUGAGUGCAUCCUGAAUACAUUAUUGGCAUUCUUUUUUGUGUUAAAGUGGACUUUAUUGGCAUAUAGUCUACAGAGGGUACAGCACUAGCUUUAAAUCUAGAUCAGAUUUUGAUUCAGACCUUUUCCCUGAUAGUGUGACCCCCUUCCAACCCCUACCUAUGGUCUUGAUUCUUGAUGAAUAUUUUUUUACGUUUUUCAAUAUCACAGUAAUAUCACAUAAUGUUCUAUAUAAAUAAUACAGUAGUUCAUUAGAAUAAUGGAAUGUAUGUACUAAAGGUAAACAAGAUGAAUUAAAAAAGGUACAAGUCCAACAACUUUUUAAGGUGCCUUCAUUUCUUUCAACUCAGGAGAUGGGCACGUUUUAAUGAAGAUUUUUUUUUUAUCAUUUUUAUCAUUAUUAAUGUUUUUUUAAUUAUGAGAAGUAUGAGCUCUAGUCAUGUGUUGGUAGAAAGUCAAAUUUAUUUUUGCAAAAACAACCCUGAUAUAUGGUGAAAUAGGUAUUCAUAGUCUAAUGUAUAAUGUUAAAAAAUAAUUCUUUUGUAAGAGACUUAUCCAUAACUUAUUUUGUGCAUCAUUAUUUCCUGCUUAUUGUAUGUACAUUUGAGGGCUUUGCUGUGUUGUUCAUACAUGUACUAUCAUGCGUAAUGAUGUUAAAUUUUUUUUUCUAAGGAGACUUGUCUCUAAAGAGUCAGAAAAGUGUGUUUAGUCUCUUUAGAAAUUAUUUCCAAUCAAGAUAUAUAUUUUACUUCCAUGUUGGGCUGCAAAAUGAAUAGAAUUUAAGUAAACUAAUACUAGUAGGCCUUCAGUAAAAUUUACUAGUAUUACCAGGUAUAUGUGGAAAUAUAUUAAUCUAGUUGAGUAAAAGUUGGCCACAGUAUUGAUUCAAAUGGAUUCUAUUAGAUUAAUACCAUUUUUUACAAUAGAUAUGUUACUAAAAAAACUAUUGAGAGAGAGCAUGGGGCUGUGAAAGGUGUAACAUUAUCUUACAUCAUCUUUAUCAUCAUCAUCUUUUGCCCUUGGGCAGCUGCAACAGCAUGUUUAGACCAGAGUUGUUUCUGUCUGUCUUAUUAUUGCAAGGAACUCAGACCAGCAUCAUUCAUGAUGGUGUCAGAGUAAGUUGCAUUUGGACUACCUCUGUUAGCUUGGGGCGUCUCGCUAGUCCGAAGGUUCAUUGGUCUGAAAAAUGGUAACAUUUUUAUCAGUUUUUAAAUCAAGGAUUCAUUGGUCCAAAAGUUCUCUGGUGAACAUUCGGACCAAUGAACCUUCGGACUAUUGACCCUUUGGACUAUUGCUACGGCCCCGUUAGUUUUACCUCCAAAUGGUGUCUAAAGUAUGAAUUUGGAGACUGGUUGACCAAAUUCAGGCGCACAACAAAUACUAAGUAAAUAUUCCCAAUACCAGAAUAAAACAAUACAUCUUUUCUA